UGUUGAUGAAUCUACUAUAUUCCAAAAGCCUAUAUACGCUGCUUUUCUAAAGAUGUACAAAGAAAAUAAUUUUUAUGAACAAGUGUGUGAACAAGAGCCUAAUAUGAACAAACGAAGGAGAAGCAAAUUUGCCAAAAUUUGGAAAUUAAUUACUGAAAGUGAAGUAUUUAAAUUGGGUUAUGAAUUUCUUCGAAAAAAUAGUCAGCUAUAA